UCUCACACGGCGCUAAACCGAUCCCCACCCAGUGAUCCCCACUCACUCCAAAUCCCCUGCCACCACCCCUCAAGCCCCUACCACCGCCAGCCUCUUCCUCCCCAGCCCUGAUUCUGAAAACUCUGUCCCUGUGAGAAUCCGGCUCUUCACGCAAACCAUUUUCUAACUUUGUCCCGAAUAGAAAAAAGGAGAAAACAACGCGAAAGUGGAGAUAGGAGCAAACCGGAUAAGUGUUCUAUUGCCCCGAUUGUUGGCCCGCGGCGGGGUGCAAAAAGGGCAGGCCGAAAAAAGACCAUAAGAUGUGGAUCUGGUACAUCUUGCUUAGUUCGGGGACGGGCUCAAGCUCGGUUGAGAGCCAGCUCCUUCCGGGGAACAACUUCACCACAGAGUGUAACAUCCCAGGGAACUUCAUGUGUGGGGACGGGAAGUGUGUCCCAGGCGGGUGGCAGUGUGACGGACUGCCCGACUGCUUCGACAAGAGCGACGAGAAAGGCUGCCCCAAGAUAAAGUCCAAGUGUGCUCCGACGUUUUUCGCCUGUGCCAACGGGAUCCACUGUAUCAUCGGGCGCUUCCGUUGUAAUGGCUUCAGUGACUGUCCUGAUGGGAGCGACGAGGAGAACUGCACAGGUAACCCGCUGGUGUGCUUGGAGGCCCGCUUCAAGUGUCGUAACGGGCGCUGUGUGGACCGCAGCUUCCUGUGUAAUGGACAAGACAACUGUCAGGACAACAGCGACGAGGAACACUGCCUCACCACCGCAGAGGCUCCAGGUCAGGACUUUGUAACCCUGGACUACCGGCUGCGUUACUACCCCAGCAUCACCUACGCGGUCAUCGGCAGCGCUGUCAUCUUCGUCCUGGUGGUGGCGCUGUUGGCCUUGGUCCUGCACCAUCAGAGGAAGCGCAGCGUGCUGCUGCCCCGUGGGGUCCGGGGGUCCUCCCACCACCACCACCACCACCAGCCCCUGCUGCUGUCCCGCCUGGUCAUCCUAGACCGGGGACAUGUCCACCCGGCUGGCCCUGGCCUCUCCCCUACCUCCCCGUCUGCUGCGGCCCAGUACGCCGCAGGUCCCCCAGGGCUACAGCUGCUGUCUGGGGCCCUCUACCCAGCUGGCAUGCCCAUGGAAUCACCACCUUCCUACUCCCAGGCUGUACUGGAUGUCAGCCGGCCUCCUUGGUUCGACCUCCCCCCGCCUCCCUACCUCCCAGACGGGGAGGAGCUGCCGUCAGAAGGUGAGCUGCCCCAGUACGAAGCCACCACAGUGCCCUCCACUCAGCCAAAUGCAUGCCCAUCUGAGACCCCUACACCCAGAACUGUGGCCCCAGGCUUGUCCCGGCCUAGCCUCAGCUCCAGAGAGGAGUCGGACCAGCUGUAGUCCUCUGGUUACUGCAUCUACGUAGGACUAGUACCCAGCCUCAGCGCUGUGGAUGGCUGAAGAGAGAAGAGCUGUGCGAUAUGUUAAGGCCCAAAGCACUGUCCUGCCUGCUGUGGGAAUGAGAGACAAGGCGCUAUUCUACCUAUAGCUACAACUGACUGACUGACUGACUGAGGCACUUGGAAUCAUUGCUCUUGUACGCUGGCGCCCUCUGCUGGAAAUGUAUCUACAUAUCCCUGACUGGGCUUACUACUCAUUCAAUCAAUCAUCAGUCAAUUGCAUUUAAUCUGUGGCUAUAUAGCACUUUUUACAAAUUCAUUUCUCACAGUCUGCUUAACAGAAACCAUAGCCUUCUAAAGACUGAGAAAAACUCCCACAGCCUCCCAACACUAUUCAUCUCCUGUUGGACUGGUGAAGACCAGUUGGGUGGUUGGGCGAAGAUCCUUUAGCUUGGAUAAAGUUGACUGGAUAGAUGGUCAACCUGUGUAGUACAGUCAUGCAUUAACAAUGAAGUAGGAGUCGCACUAACUAACAGUAUUUGUGGUACUCAUAAUGGGUCAAAUGUCACAUGGUGUUACAGUGGCAGAUGUAUAUGUUGUUUAAGAAUAGUGAAAAAGGCACAGUGUCAUAUCUGUAAUGUUACGGUUUAGCACAUUAGGACGACCAGCUAGCCACAGAAGCUCUUGGGUCGUGGACAUACUGCACUUCCCUCCCAUCCAUAUUGCAUGAUGCUGGUUCUCUUCAAUCUCUAUUCUCAUUGGCCAUCUCUUUCGUUUCAUAGGAAUAACUGGAAUCCUAUUGCUCUGUUAUAGAGCACUUAUCGGGGUUGUUGAGUAUGCACGUAACUUGUGUUUUGGCAGGAACUCAAAUGGAAGUAUUAUUUAAGGAAGAGAACAUGUGGAUGAAAAUCCUCUUACUGAGUAAGGUCCCAAAGUAAGGUUGUUCGUUUUUGGUAUCUGUGCCUUUUCAAAUCACUAAAAUAUACGUUUAACAACUGUAUGUCUACUGUCCCACUCAGAUUCUAGUUUGACAGCAUUGAGAUCUUGUUCUACUGCCCAUGAUGACAGUGCAAAUUGCUUUGUUUUGAUAUAUCUCCUCAGACACUGGCAGAUAGGAGCAGAAUGUUCAGACUGCACUUCAUGUCUGACUAGUGUUUUUAUGUUGAUUAACGUUACACUCUGCUGCCUGAGAGCACAGGACAAACAUUUUGUCAGGGAAGAGAUAAAAACAAUUAAGGAUUUGUUUGCAUUAGUGCAUAAAGAGGAAGAGGAAGUAGAAAUAAUGUGGACUGGAGCAGAGACCAUUCCACUUGGUGCCUUGGAACACAAGCGUGUACAUUGAAAUAAGCAUUUAGGAUUAUCCUCAAGUAAAAACAAAUCUCAAUUGCAUUCAAGCAUUUUUGUUGAACAAUGUAUAUUUUCAAAACGAGCCUCACAACACACAGAACUAUGUGGCUGCUUGCAAAACAGUAAAUGCAUGAAUACAUUCAGCAAGGCUAAAUGAGACCGAAAUUGCAAAUUCAUCAAAAGAAGACGACUUACUGCAAAAACAUCCAGACAAACAUCCAGACAAGCAUUGGGGUAUUGUGUGUAGGUUUAUGAGGGGAAAAUAUAAUUUCAUCCAUUUUAGAAUAAGGCUGUAACAUAACAAAAUGUGGAAAAAGUCAAGGGGUCUGAAUACUUUCCCGAAUGCACUGUACAUAUAGCUGACAAAACAGAAAGUGAUUCUGUCUUUUAAAGAUACCAGUUGGUCAAUAGGUUUUCUUUGCAGUCACUACUACAUCAUGAUGAUCGAAACAGGAAAUACAACUAUCAAAUGGUGCAGAAAUAAUCUCUCUCCUUUUUUUGCAUACGUUACCAAACAAUUUCAUACAUAUCAAAUCAAGUAUUAUUCAUGAAAAACAAAGCACAUUGUUUGCAGAAUUCACUGGUAUCAUCACAAUCCAAUUCCAUGUAUUCAAUACAUACGCUGUUCUGCUCAUAGGUUUGUAGACUUUCCAUUGGCAAGCAGAAACACAAUCCCCAAUAGAUCUAAGGACAGGUGAAUACAGUGGAGGAACACUGAAUUUAUAGGCGUCAACCCUCACCAAACCAAAGGUGUGUAAUAUUGGAGAUGACUUGUCUCAUGAGUACUUAGAUGGAACUGAACUUCAUUUUCUGCAUCUCUGCAUGUCGUAAACAUUCAUACAUCUUAGGCUGUCCGCAUUGCGUAGAUCUUUCCCUAUAUUGUACCGGAUUUACUAUAAAUAAAACCAUUGACUAUUUUGUGCAGUAGUAUUAACUGAUUACCAGAAACAGGGAACACAUUGCAACCUGUUCUCUUCUGAUGAAAACAAAAAUGUUAUGACAGUUGUACAAAGGUACAAAAACAAGAACAUUAUCCGACAAUCUACAAAUGUAUUUAAGCAUUGGAUCAUUGUUGUUUUGCUAUACGGACAUUUAACCACAGUUUUAAAAAAUGCUUGAUUGAGAAAAACUAUAAGAGCAUUAUUCAACCCAGUAGAAAAGUAUUUGCUCAAUUGACUCUCAUAUAGUCACUGACAAAAAUGACCAGACUUUUUCUCCUUGGUUCCAUAAUGAUGUGUUACUGACUGCACCAUCUACCAGCAUGUAUUUCCUGACAGACUGAAAUGAAUCAUCACAGAUGUGGUUGGUCAUGCAUGCAGUGUUAUCACACACUAAAUAAUAUUAAAGUGUAUUUCAAUAUAUGUCAAUCAGAAGAAACAAAUGUUGCUCUACAAAUUGCAUUUUGAUAGAUUAAGGAUAUACUUUUUUGACUCCACACGUUACAUUGUAACAUCUUGUAAGUACUUCAACAUAACUGUAUCAGCUCAGUAUCCUUACUGGGUUGUUGAGGCAGACAUGUGGGUGGCAGGUAGCUUAGCGGUUAACAGCACUGAGCCAGUAACAGAAAGGUCACUGGUUUGAAUCCCGAGCCGACUGGGUGAAACAAGCAUUUAAACCUAAUUGCCCCUUUAAGUCGCUCUGGAUAAGAGCAUCUGAAAAAUCACAGAAAAUAAUUUAAAGUAAGACAAGCAUUUUGUAUGGAGCAGUGAAAGUUUAAUUCCGUUUGGGACUGUUUUACCUAUAGUAACUUGGUUAAAAUGUCUCGUUUAUUGUAUUUCUUGGAUUCAUACUCAAUCACAUACUCAUAGGAUCCCAACUGUAUCAAAUGCUGUAUCUGCCGUUCCUAUUAUACAGACUAUUUUCUGAAUUUGUACCAUAGCUGUUUGACCAAUUGAAUUGACGCCAAAUAAUGUUUGGAUAAAGAAGAAAAAUACUCAAUCUUUUUCUUAUAAGUGUCCCAAUUCAUUGUUUAGAAAUAUGUAAGUCUCAGCUGUACAGAUGAUGUGAGAGAGAGAAGACUGACAUUGUCUGCCUGCCUGCCUGCAUGCCUGUCUGUCUGUCUCUCUCUCUGUCUGUCUGCCUGUCUGCCUAUCUGUCUGUCUGCACCGCCCAGCCCACUGUGCAAUAACUAGAAUUAUUAAUUGACUGACUGGUAAAGUUCCUAUCUGAAGGAUCUGUAAUGUAUUGUUGUUGUCGUGUCAUUUCCAUUUCAGAACUUGUCAAGGGUUUCAUGUGACUGUGUACAUAUACGGCGAGUGAGAGAGUAGAGACAUUUAUUUAAAACAAAAUCAUAUUUAGAUUUUUAACUAAGAAAAUAAUGUUUCAUUAUCAAACAUAUUACUUUGAAAUGUUUUGUUGUGUUGGGCUCUGUACUUUGGAUUUGAAAUUAUUCAACUGUCAGCUUUAAUUUGAGGGUAUUUUCAUCCAUAUCAGGUGAACUGUUUAGAAAUUGCAACACUUUGUGUACAUAGUCCCCCCUCCCAUUUUAGAGGACCAAAAGUAUUGGGACAAAUUCACUAAUGUGUUUUAAAGUAGUAAAAAGAUAAGUAUUUGGUCCCAUAUUCAUAGCUCUCAAUUACUAAAUCAAGCUUGUGACUACAAAUUUGUUGAAUGCAUUUGCUGUUUUGCUUUGGUUGUGUUUCAGAUGAUUUUGUGCCCAAUAGAAACAUUGUAGUGUCAUUUUGGAGUCACUUUUAUUGUAAAUAAGAAUAACAUGUUUCUAAACACUUCUACAUUAAUGUGGACAUUACCAUGAUUACAGAUAAUCCUGAAUGAAUUGUGAGUUAGAAAGUUAGACGCACAAAUAUCAUACCCCCAAGACAUGCUAACCUCUCACCAUUACAAUAACAGGGGAGGUUAGCAUUUCUGUUGUUUUUGUGGUGUAUGAUAUUUGUGUGUCUAACUUUCUCACUUUCUGCACUUUAAACCUCAUAGUCAUUGUAUUAUUUCAUAUCCAAAGUGCUGGGAUACAUAGUCAAAACAACAAAACGUGUCACUGUCACAAUACAGCUCACUGUAUAUCCCCAGCAGUCAUUUGGCUGGUGGUGUUGAACAACCUAUAAACCAAAGAUUAUCAUUCAUUAUAAUUGUAAAAUCCAGAAAAUGAGGCUUACUCUCCAAAGUCACGUCCCCAGUAGUGUUGUGUCUUGUUUUGUGUCAGAUACCUAACUGACUAGAGGCAGGGGAGUAGUGUUACUCAGAGUCUCAGGACAAUCUGGGUUGUAUUCACUAGGAGCCAAGAGAAGCAAGUGGGCUGAAAUGCUGAGGAACUAACUGAAAUUGUCCAGUAAGAAACACUUGAUUUAGUUUCCGUUGCAAAACGUCUUGCUAAGGUGUGCAUUAAUGAAUGCAACCCUGGUCUGUAGCUUUUCUGUUACAAUGGUCUGAUAGUCUUUCCACAUGUCACUAUGCUUUCGUUUGCGAUAUAGAGGGAUGACUGAUUUGUUGUUCCAUUCUGUUGGAGACUUGUGUUUCAUGUCGUUUGUAUCUUUUACACACCACCUUUUUGUUUCCGUUGCUUUUCUGCCUGAUCAAAUAUAUUCUGUACAUUAAAAGUAAUAUAAAAUGGUUCUGAUUCAAA